AUGGCAUCAAUCAACAGUGCCAAUAGCGCCGGAGUGUCAACACCUCCAGCUGGUGGUCUUCACAUGCCGAAUGGCGCUUCGGGCUCUCCUCGACCCCUGACCCAGGUGCCUGCAAGCAUUCAAGUCCAGCUUAACAACCUGGAGGCUCAGUACAGGGCAAAGAACCCGAAUCUGACGCCCGAGCAGGUCCGCCAAGCUGCCACGGAAUAUCUCACGCGCUUGAUGAUUGCACAGAGAACGACCAUGUCGCAAAACGCUAUGAAUGCGGCUGCCGGCGGUGGAGGUGCACAACAGGUCCAGAAACCCCCGACGCCUCACACGCCUGCUCAGCAGGUCCAGAAGCCUCCUACACCUCAGAUGGCCCAGCAAGCACAAAAGCCUCCGACGCCUCAUACGCCCGCCCAGCAAGUGCAGAAGCCCCCCACGCCACAGAUGCAGCAGGCCCAGACACCUCAUGUGCAGAAGGCCCAGACGCCUCAGAUGCCGAAGGCUCCGACACCUCAGAUGCAGAAAGCUCAAGUACCCCAGACACCUCAGCAGGCUCAACAGGGCCAACAGGCUCAGCAAGCCCAGCAGGCCCAGAAGCAGGCCCAACAACAGGCGCAGCAACAAGCCCAGCAGGCGGCACAACAAGCCCAGCAGCAGCGUCAAGCUAGCGGCAGCGCAACACCCUCUGCCACGCCCGCGACGUGA